CGUAGCUUACGAUAUAGUGGACAUCUGAUAAUAUGCAUAAUACCUGAGAGCAGGUUUACUAAACUGUUUUCGUUGAAGAUCGCUCCAGCCGAUACUUCAAGCGCUGUUACAUGGCCAACAAGAAGAAUCAUUACUCAGUCAUCUAUGCCUGCUCGAUCUUGCAACCAAAUUGACUAUCCGGCUGAUGUCAUCAUCAUGUUAGAUUCCUCUGAAAAUUUCUCGCCAGAGGAAUUCGACAAAAUGAAGGAGAGUGUCGCCGAAUUGGUUGAUGCAGGAUUCGAUCUCUCACCAGAUGUCGCCAGAAUUGGUUUCGUGGUCUAUAGUGACAAGGUAGCCGUUCCGGUUGCGCUCGGUCAUUACGAGGACAACAUUGACUUGAUCCAGCAAAUUUCGGACACGGAAAAGAUCAACGACGGAGUGGCCAUCGCCCUUUAUGGCCUUAAUGCUGCUCGACAACAGUUCCAGCUGCACGGAAGAGAAAAUGCUACUCGUAUCGUAAUAAUGAUAACCAAUGGAAGAAAUAGGGGAAAUGCAGCACCAGCAGCUGAGGAUCUUCGAAAUAUUUACAACGUCCAAUUGUUCAUUCUUGCUGUUGCAGCUGAUGCCGAAGGACUUGCAACAUUGAAACGCAUUGCA